UACUCUGAAGAGUUAGGAUCAACUUCUCAACAAAUAGAACAUAGUAACUGCUCUAUUCACGUUAUCGCCUAUUCUCCUGACACUACUAUAGUUUUUAAAUCUGAUACUGAGUUAGAACGAUGCCUUUCUCAACAUUCUAUGAUAUCUGAAGAAACAACUGAUAUUUAA